GCUUCAAUAAUGGCGAACGAUGGAUACAAUUCUUCCUUGUGUCUACCCUGCGUUUUCUCGCCAAAAUCACGCCAAUACCUAGCUUCAUUUGCCCAAGAUGGCAGACUCCGUAUAUGGAACACAGAUAGUAAAAUACUUCAUCAAGAAUACGUGCCUUCAGCCCAUUUGAGUGCCACUUGUACCUGCAUAGUUUGGGGACCAUGCCGAAUCUCCAAGGAGGGACCUCGGAGGAAGAAGAGGAAAUCAGAGGCAGGGCAUGUGGAGGAGUUGGCGGAUCUGUUGGCUCUGGGAACGGUGGCGGGCAGCAUUAUCAUUUACAGCGCAGUGAAGGGGGCACUGCACUGUACACUGGAUGGAGGUCACAAUGGCGGAGUGAACUGUGUUGAGUGGCACCCCGAGGACGGCCUGCUCUACAGCGGCUCAGACGACUCAUACAUCGUAGAGUGGGACCUGCAGACAAGCAAGACCCGCGGUAAGUGGAAGGCGGACCGUGCGUCAGUGACCAGUCUGUGUGUGAGUCCUGAUGGCAAACUGCUGCUCUCAGCGGGACAGACCAUCAAGAUGUGGGACCUCAAGACCAAGGAGGUGUACCGGAAGUUCACAGGUCACUCCACAGCUGUGACGAACCUGCGCUUCGCCACCACACGUCCCCCGGACAGCAAUGGCCUUUACUUCCUGUCCGGGGCGGCCCACGACAGACUCAUCAGCGUGUGGCAAGUCCAGGAGGACGGCAAUGACAAGAACUCGGUGGUGUCCUUCACCCUGACGGACGACCCCAAGCACAUUGACCUCUUCACUUCCAACAGCAAGGAAGAGGCGGUGAGGCUGGCGGUUGUGUGUAAGGAUGGGCAGCUUCAUCUCUUUGAGCACUUUCUGAACGGGCCUUGUAAGAAGCCGCUGUCCCCCUCCUGUACAGUCCAGGUGUCUGGGCUUGAGGACAACCCCGUGCCCGUUCCCCUGUUGGCCGCGGCCCUCACCGCGGACACGCGCAGCCUCCUGCUUGCCUAUGGCAGCUACCUGCAGCCCAUCAUGGAGAGAUUGGAUGUGAACACAGCGGAGAGACACGUCUGCCUAACCCGCGAUGUCCACACCACUCUCACCCUCGCCAUGGAAACCACUGUUUCCAAGGUGAAAACCCCAGUAGUGAACGGCAAGAGCAAAGCUCUUGUCCCUGGUCUUCCCGGUCACCAAGCGCCGGUCAAAGCAGGUUUGGGAUCCGAGAAGAGGAAAAAGGGCACAGGCACCAAAGAGAUGUCCAUAGAGGAGCGACUGGGAGAGAUCGACUUGUCACUUGAGAAGGGAGGAGUCAAGAAAACCCCCUCUCUGCAGACGGACAACUUCGCGGUGCUGCUGGUGCAGGGUCUGGAGAGCAAGGACGUCAACAUCCUCAAUGAUGUGUUUCAGACCCGGAAGGAUAACUUAAUAAAUAAAACCGUUUCCCGGUUACCCAUCCCUGCCGUCUUGCCAUUGCUGGAGGAGAUCACCAAGAGAAUGCAAGGGCAUCCAUACACGGCAGUGCUGAUGGUGCGAUGGCUCAAGGCUGUUCUCAUGCAGCACACCUCCUACCUGUCCUCGUUGCCAGACUUGGUGUCUCAGCUGGGAGUGUUGUACCACAUGAUUGAGAGCAGAGUCAAAAUUUUCUACAAACUGACCAAGCUGCACGGCAAGCUCUACAUGCUCAUGACCCAGGUGGUGGCAGGUGACAGUGGUGUCAAAGACGUGGACCACAAGGCCAAGCUUGUCUACGAGGACGCGUCCUCUGAUGAAGACAAGGCUUCAGGCGAUGAAGGCCUUCCAGAUGAAGAUUCUGAUAACUGGGAGGAGGAUGAGGAUAGAGAAGAAGAGACUGAGGAUGGAAUCCAAAGCUAACGGCGAUUCCGACAUGGAACCGGGAAACGAGAGCGAAGAAGAGUGAUGCUCUUCAAAGGAAACUAUCUCAAAAUGGACCCAAGAUUUAUGUACUUUCAUUUUAUUUUCAUGCUUUGUUUAUAUUGUAUCAGAACAAAAAUGGUUUAACAAAAAAAUUGGACAUGCAGUGGGUGCGUGUGACCGGCUGUGAACGUGGUCUUUUCCCGGGACAGCCACAAAGGCGGGAACGUUAUCCCCACAACCAAGCUGAAAGCCCCAUAUUUUGAAUCUUUUCCAGCGAUUCAUGCUCCUGUCCCAAUCUCCUGCUUUCUCCACUUUGUCUGUGGUUCUGGGUGUAAAUCAAAUGUGAACCCCCCCCCCAACUGCUUUCCAGAGAAAUGGUGGCCUUGAUGCCUGACAUGGGAUGCAUCCAAAUAGCUCCAUAUUCCCUACAUACAGUUGAUGUCGGAAGUUUACAUACACUAAGGUUGGAGUCAUUAAAACUUGUUUUUCAACCACUCCACAAAUUUCUUG